AUGGCGACGACAAACGAGAAUACCGUGCCCAACACGAAGCCUGAGCCCGCGAAUACAACGUUCAUAUUCUCCGCUCCACCACCUCCGCGACGAGAAGUCUCCGACCAAAAUCUCCCAUUCGCGCAAAGGAGGAUCAAAGUCGCGCCUCCAGUCGCACGAGCGGGAGAUCUGAAGGAGAAGCGAAGAGGCCAAUUCUUGAAGAAAGUCGAGCGUGGGAGGGAAGAGGAGAGGUGGGAGAGAAGAGGAGACGACAUUCUGAGGAUGGACUUCAUGCAGCGGCAGAGAGAAUGGGAAGCGGCGCAAGCGAGAUCUGCGGCGGCGCUGGCAUUGGAGGAGUCGGCUUAUGAAGAGGAAGAAGAUGAUGAGAUGGAUGGAGGAGAAGAUCGCAUGCCGGAGACGAUAGACUUGCCGACUUUCAGCAGCAGUGGACUUGGGAGUCAGAUGCAAAUGUCUUCGCAGCGAGGGCUGGCUUCAAGUGCACCGCAACAGCCACAAGUCGAGCUUAGUGAUGAAGACGAGAUUGAUCGACUGAUUCGCGACGAGGAUGAGGAAUUGGAGAUGUUGCUUUCGUACAUGCCUACAGAUCAAGGCGACGAUUAUGGCACGGCAACUGGACAUCAGCAGGCAGGCGACGAUGGCGACAGUCUGUGGAGCGACGAUGCGGACUACGACGCACUGUUCUCUGAGGUGCUUAAUCAGGAGGCCCAGAUGCAGCAAGCUCACCAGCAGCCAAACGAGACCGCAGACGUGGAGAUGGACAUGAGCUGA